UCGAUUCCUACCUUUGAUAACUUCCAGUAUCCCAGGCAAUGUUUUAGAUGUCCACGCCAACACCAUCCAGAAAGACUUCCACACCAUCACGCAAGUUAUCAGCACCAUCGCGCCAGUCAUCAACCCCAUCGCGCACGCCACAGCCUCGACCGCCGCCGUCCCUGCUUAUCCCAUCGGCCAAGCCAUCAUCUAGCACCGCAUUUGUGUUUGCGCAGGGUCAGUCCGAGCCAACAACGCAACCUCAAACUCCGACAGUUGAGACUGAAGGAGGGAAAAAUGGGGGCGGUUCAGUUACAGGGACCAUACCCAAAAGGCAAGGUUCCGCGAGCGAAGAGGCGCUUUCGAGACAAUUGGACGGUGAUCUGGGCGGAAGGCUGAUGGGACUUCGAAGUCGUAGGAGUAGUGCGGCGACGACGAAUACGCUUAACACGCUAGCGACCGCGGGAACGGCAAGGCAUUGUAGUGGAGGAAAUGGAGUAGGGCGGGAUAGUCCGAGAACGGCUGAUGAGCUUGGAACUGCCACCGACACGGGAUCUGUUCCAUUCGUAGGGGAUGAUGAGAGAGGAAGAGGUAGAUCAAUGCUAGCUUCGCCUUUGAGUACGGUGGCAGAGCCUGGGGUAUCCAAUGAAGGAGGGGCUGAUGCCUCGAAUGGGAGUCUUGCACUGCCUACACCGUCACUAAAACGAGAGGGAGACCCUUUGAGCAGUCAAGGCAAGAGAUUAGGCAAUAAGACGAGUACUUCGUGGUUGAGAUGGACAUCACCUACUCCUACGUUUCCGAAACAGGGGGAAGGUAAGGGCAAAGGGAAGGCGGAGGAGACUGUAGAGGGCCAAUCUCCAGAAUCUAUCAAUGAGCCACAACGCGAACCUCCUACCGAACCGGCUGCAUCUACUGCGACCAAUUCCGAUUCACCCUCAGUCUCACAAACACCCCAGCCCUCACAACAAGCAACGACGCGUAGUGAACCACCCAAAUCUGCCGGUCAAAUUUUAUCUUUGCCACCUGAGCAAAACCCAUCGAGAAAUUCAACUGGGCAAUCCCAAACACUGCCAUUAUCUGAGAAGGAGGGAAAGCAAGGCUGGUUUAGUUCGUUCUCAAGGAACUCCAGGCCGUCUGCUCUGACUUCACUGCACCCUUCGCAAGGUCAGGCCAUUGUGGAGAGCGUAAAACACGGUUUCAAACAGGGUGAUGAAGUGAAGGAUGCGGCAGAGCCUAGCGAGAUAGAAGGACCCGGGGGUUUUGGUACGCCGGUGCAAAUUGCUGAUGAAAUCAAAACGAAGGAAGACACGAGAAAGCAAGAAGAGACUGACAAAUCAUCUCCUAAUCCACCACUUGCAGAAGGUGAAGUGAGGCCAGACAUGAGUUCCCUCAGUAACAGCAACAUUCCUUCGCACACCGCUGAGCUCUCUGCACCGACGUCUAUUUCUGCAGAGUCCACAGAUCCAUUAGCCACCGUCACGCAUGCCCAAGGACAAUCGCAACAAAAAAAGACGGUGCGUCCUCAGCAGUCUAUGGCGAGUUUGAGGGGUUUCAGAGAUUAUUUGGGAUGGUCGGGAUCUAGUGCAGAAGGGAAGGAAGCAUCGUCGCAAAAAGGGGAACACAAGGGCUCGGCGAGCAAUUCGGGGGUGGAUAAACAGGAGGAGGUCCGCCCAGAAAAUGCCACUCAAACCUCUGAAGAAACACUUACACCACCGCAGCCUACAGAAACCACCGCACCCACUCCCAGAGGUCAAGCGACUCCCUGGUCAUCCUACUUUUAUUCAUUUGUCGUUCCCGAACCAAAACAAGGUCAGGCACAGAGCUCGAAAACAGUUUCUAUCGCACCUGAGAGCGAGAGUAAUUCUGCAGCUGCAGUGCCUCCAGCGCAACCGACAGAUACGCCGAAGUCUUCCACAGAACCUCAACCAGCACUCUUAACUCCUCUUACCACUCCAUCUAACACUAAGAUCACUUCGCGUAAUGUAUCUCCUGCCAGGAUAUCUACCACGUCCGUGCCUGCUCCUGAUUCAACAUCGUCCCAACCAUCGGCUCCAUCGGCUCCAUCGGCUCCAUCGGCUCCAUCGGCUCCAUCGGCUCCAUCGGCUCCAUCGGCUCCAUCAGCUCCAUCAGCUCCAUCGGCUCCAUCGUCCUCUACAUCACCAUCUACAUCAAGGCGGCCUAGUGCUGCCGGAUGGUUAAAUUAUUUAGCGUUCAGAGCUAACCAAAAGAAGAUUACCGCUGGAUCGGUGGACACAGGCGGUACGGGUGAAGGAGAGGUGAUGGAUUUUUCAAAUGAUCCCAAUUUCCCCAGUGAAUCAUCAAUUGUAAACGCAACUGUGGAGGAUACUAGUUCCAAAACGAGCGGAGGCGCAAGCGGAGAUAAGAACAGACCCCUUACCGCCCCUACAAAAUCAACACCAUCGGCAAUCACUCAUAAGCCUUCGAGGAACCUCGACGUCCACAAACACGCCAAGCGAUUGUCAAAUGCUUCGUCACUUGCCGGCAAUGUUGGCAGCCUUGCAUUUUCAGCAUCGCCAAAGAAUAAGUCUCUUGAGGACCAUCAAUCUCCAGGGAAGAGUUCAACGAGGUCAUUGACAAACCCGAAAGAGUCAGCGUUGCCCCAUCCUCAGCCCCCGGCUGUACAGCCAAACCUUGUCAUACCCACUUUCUCAAACACGUUUGAUCGUCCUCCGCGUUCGUUCCCGCCUCUACCGCCUUCACCACCUUCUUCUCCUCGAUCUUUCGACAGCAAACAGCCGCCGCAUAAGGGACUUACCGCGGCUACGACGGGGGUUGCGUGGAAGGUUCUUGGUGCGGUGGGAAGUUACGUUUAUGGUGGAGGUGGAGUUGGGGAUGAAGUCUCUAAGGGAGGUUGGGUGGAUACUGAAGCGGAACAGAGGGGUAGAAAAGAAGGGAGAAAGGUUGGGAGAGAACUUCCCAGGAGGAUAGGGCUGGAGCAUGGUGGAGCGGAGGACGGAUGGAAGGAUGUGAAAAGAGUCGUCGUCGUUGGGGUACAUGGAUGGUUCCCAGCAAAAAUGCUCAAUUCGGUUAUCGGUGAACCUACGGGGACGUCUGUCAAGUUUGCGAACAUGAUGGGACAAGCAGUGAAACAGUUUUUUGCGGAGAAAGGGAUAGACGAAAGCGAAUUAAGGCUGACGUUGAUGCCGCUGGAAGGCGAAGGCACUAUAGAAUUGAGGGUUGACAAGCUGUACAAAGCAUACCUUUCUAAUCCAGCUUGGAUCAACGACCUUCGUCGAGCCGACGCCAUCUUCUUCGCCGCUCAUUCCCAAGGAUGCAUCGUGACCACCCAUCUCAUCUCACGCAUGAUUGCUCAAGGCCAUAUUCGUACUCCCCUGAAUGCCGAAGCUGUCGCCAGAUGCGAAUGGGCUUUCGGUCCAAUCGGUGUCAUACCUUCUUACCCCCGUUCGCGUAAAUUUCCAGAUGACUUCUCCAUCCCUGGUGCCGAAGGGGGAUACCAAAAGGUCGCGAUGCUCGCUAUGUGUGGCGUUCACUUAGGACCAAUGUACUCGAUCAGUACGAGCACAAUGAUACAACCAUACUUGCAAUGGUUUGAGAAUGCAGCUGCCAGGGAAUUGUUUGGGUUUCAGGAUACGAGCUCGGCGGUUAGCGUAGAGUACCAAAGGGCACUGGGAAUGGUACUGGAGAAUGAAGUUCGCGUGGUUUUGCUGGCGUCUCUGAAUGAUCAGGUAGUACCUAUCUACGGCUCCUCCUUUAGUACUGCGACGCAUCCGCUGCUCUUAAGGGCGUUAUAUGUCGACGGGGCAUCGUAUACCCAGUCUGACUUUAUGACUAACCUACUUUGUUUCGCUUUUAUGCUGCGGAACGCAGGAAUAAAUGAUCAGCGUUUAGUGGAGCAUUUGAGUGAAGCCACCGCGGGGAGUCUGACUGGUAUUGGCCAUUCUACCCCUUACGAAGAACUCAGUUGCUACACCCUCGCUGUCCAUUACCUCUUUUACGCCGGCCGCGCGCGUCAACCCAUGCCUCCUCUCCAAGUCGAGCCCUUCUCCGCUCGAGAUGCACGUAACGACUAUGAAUUGCCGUGGAUCAUGAGAGCGUUGGUGGAUAGCGCAGAGGUUCAAGACCUUUUCCCAGGAGAGCUGCGGGAUUUGAAGGAGGGAAUCUUACAUUGGAAGCCGGUGACAAAGCCGUUGAAGGAGAUCAAGCGCCGCCUGGAACCUAUGGCAGGUCGACAGUCCCGUUUACGUCCCCUUCCCAAUUCUCCAUCCUCAGCCUCUCUUGCGUCAACGGGCGCCAAUGUUGAGACGAGUACAAGCCCUGCACCGAGCAAGAACCUUUCGGCAGGACUGAGAAAGGAUUGGUGAUUGUAUCAUACAAGGGAAAGAAGGCAUAUCAUGAGGACCAGAAGUAAAAGGAAUACGUGUUGUUCUGUGAUAUGUAGGAGCGCAGUUGGUUUGGUAGUUUAGUCUUCAAUUGUAUGUAACGUAUGUGAG